AUGGGAUCAAGCCCGAUCAGCCUUCAAACCGUAUUGUGUGCACCAGGAGUGAGGGGAAGGAGAGCCACGGCAUUCAGAAAAGAUGGGUUGACUGAAUUUAUGCAGUCAAUUAUGUUCAAAAAACAAGAACUGAAAGAACCCUUUUACGUACUCGAUUUAGGAGUUGUCGUUUCGCUCUUUGACAAAUGGACCCGCAGCCUUCCUACUGUUCGUCCAUUUUACGCCGUCAAAUGUAACCCUGAGCCUGCUCUUCUGGGUGCACUUGCGGCUCUCGGGGCAAACUUUGACUGCGCGAGCCGGGCAGAGAUUGAAGCCGUUUUAGCACUGGGGUUGAAACCGGACCGGAUCGUUUAUGCAAACCCGUGUAAACCAGAGUCUCAUAUUAAGUACGCAGCAAGUGUCGGCGUUAAUUUAACAACUUUUGAUUCGAGAGACGAAAUUCAGAAGAUCCGGAAAUGGCAUCCGAAAUGUGAUUUACUAUUAAGGAUCAAAGCGCCAGAGGACGGUGGAGCAAGGUGUCCACUGGGCCCGAAAUACGGUGCACUUCCCGAUGAAAUUGCGCCACUACUCCAAGCCGCUCUAGCUGCGGGACUCAGUGUCACCGGUGUUUCGUUUCAUAUAGGAAGCGGAGACACACACUCUCGCGCGUAUCAUGGAGCCAUAGCGGCGGCUAAAACGGUUUUCGAAACAGCAACUAGGCUUGGUGUGCCCAAAAUGAAUGUACUAAAUAUUGGUGGCGGUUUUACGGCUGACCCGAAAUUUGAUGAAGCAGCUUCAGUGGUGAAAUCUGCUCUUCAAACUUAUUUCCCAAACGAACCGGGAUUGAGUGUCAUAUCCGAGCCUGGUCGAUUUUUUGCGGAGUCAGCUUUCACGUUGGCCACAAACGUAAUAGGGAAGCGUGUUCGGGAUGAACUAAGGGAGUAUUGGAUUAACGACGGGAUUUACGAUUCUAUGAAUUGCAUUCUGUAUGAUCAUGCAACUGUCACGUGCACGCCCCUUGCUUGCACGUCGAAUCGUGCAAACCCCACGUGCAAGGGAUUGAGGACCUACAACUCCACGGUGUUUGGACCAACAUGCGAUGCUCUAGAUACAGUAUUGACCGGUUACCAGUUACCUGAACUUCAGGUGAACGACUGGCUUGUGUUUCCGAAUAUGGGUGCUUAUACGGCUGCUGCUGGCUCCAGUUUCAACGGGUUUAACACGGCUUCCAUUUUGACUCAUCUUGCGUACCGUAAUCCAACCUAA